GAGAGAGAGAGAGAGAGAGAGAGAUGUGAACUCGCACAGAAUCACACAAGCACUGAAGCAGAGAGCAGAGCAAUGGCACAAGGCAGAGCAGAGUACAUGAACACUGAGCUAGUGAAGAGAAGGCAGACACCCUUCUCCCACACGCCAUAUAUACUUCAAAAGACAAAGCCCUCCUUGCCACCGAGAACAUAUUCGAUCCCUCCCCGACCUGACCUCGUCAUCAUCUUCCACCUCCUGGCUUCACCCUCAAGCCUCCCUCCUUCCCCCUCCAUCUUCUUGUGAAGCUUCCCAAGAUUCUCGCAUGCCUUUCUCCAGCGCCCUGCCACGUCCUUGCCUCUCAGUCGAGCUUACUAAACCACCUCGGACGCCCACGCCCAUGGCGGCCGCGCUUAUCCUCUAGCUCCACUCCCGCAACCACAAUUCGCAAGGCCACGGAGGCAGGGAUCUCGACCCGGCGUCCAGAUGAGGGCUCCGCCGCCUCUGCUCCUGCUCCUGCUCCUGCUCCUGCAUUUCGCGCUCCUGCCCGCCGACGCCGCCGCCGGUGGCAAUGGCAAUGGCGUCGGCGACGCGGCCGCGCUGCUCGCCUUCAAGACCGCGCUCAACUGCCGCCCGCGCGCGCUGCGAUCGUGGGCGGCGGGCAAUGCCGGGUCCGUGUGCGCGUGGACGGGCGUGCGCUGCGCCGGCGGGCGCGUGGUCGCCAUCGACCUCGCCAACAUGAACGUGUCCAGCGGCGCGCCCGUGGCGGCCCGGGUGGCGGGGCUCGACGCGCUCGAGAGCCUCUCGCUCGCCGGGAACGGCAUCGCCGGCGCCGUCUCCGUCUCGUCGCUCCCGGCGCUCCGGCACGUGAACGUGUCCGGGAACCAGCUCGGCGGCGGGCUCGACGGCUGGGACUUCGCGUCGCUGCCGGCGCUCGAGGUGCUCGACGCCUACGACAACAACUUCUCGGCGCCGCUGCCGCUCGGCGUCGCCGCGCUGCCGCGGCUCCGGUACCUCGACCUCGGCGGCAACUACUUCACCGGCGAGAUCCCCGCGGCGUACGGCGGGAUGCCCGCGCUAGAGUACCUGUCGCUCAACGGCAACAACCUGCAGGGGCGCAUCCCGCCGGAGCUCGGCAACCUCACCACGCUCCGGGAGCUCUACCUCGGCUACUACAACGUGUUCGACGGCGGCGUCCCGCCAGAGCUCGGCCGGCUGCGCCGCCUCACCGUGCUGGACAUCUCCAACUGCGGCCUCACCGGCGGGAUCCCGGCGGAGCUCGGCGCGCUCGCCUCCCUCGACACGCUCUUCCUCCACACCAACCAGCUCUCCGGGCCCAUCCCGCCGGAGCUCGGCAACCUCACGUCGCUCACCGCGCUGGACCUCUCCAACAAUGCGCUCUCCGGCGAGGUCCCCCGCUCGCUGGCGUCCCUCACCUCGCUAAAGCUGCUCAACCUCUUCCUGAACCGGCUCCACGGCCCCGUGCCGGAGUUCAUCGCCGCGCUGCCGCGGUUGGAGACGGUGCAGCUCUUCAUGAACAACCUCACCGGCCGCGUCCCCGCGGGGCUCGGCGCCGCCGCCGCGCUCCGGCUGGUCGACCUCUCGUCCAACCGGCUCACCGGCGUGAUCCCGGACACCCUGUGCAACUCCGGCGAGCUCCACACGGCCAUCCUGAUGAACAACUUCCUGUUCGGGCCCAUCCCCGGGUCGCUCGGCUCGUGCGCGAGCCUGACACGCGUCCGCCUCGGCCAGAACUACCUCAACGGCAGCAUCCCGGCCGGCCUGCUCUACCUGCCGCGGCUCAACCUGCUGGAGCUCCAGAACAACCUGCUCGCCGGCGCGGUGCCGGCGAACCCGAGCCCGACGGUGGCGGCGGCGUCGAGCUCGCAGCUGGCGCAGCUCAACCUGUCCAACAACCUGCUGUCCGGGCCGCUGCCCAGCUCGCUGGCCAACCUCACCGCGCUGCAGACGCUGCUGGCCAGCAACAACCGGCUCGCCGGCGCCGUGCCGCCGGAGGUCGGCGCGCUCCGGCGGCUCGUGAAGCUCGACCUCAGCGGGAACGAGCUGUCCGGUCCGGUGCCGGCGGCGGUGGGGCGGUGCGGGGAGCUGACGUACCUCGACCUCAGCCGGAACAACCUGUCCGGCCCAAUCCCCGAGGCGAUCGCCGGCAUCCGGGUGCUCAACUACCUGAACCUGUCCCGGAACGCGCUGGGGGGCGCGAUUCCGGCGGCGAUCGGCGCCAUGGGCAGUCUGACGGCGGCGGACUUCUCGUACAACGACCUGUCGGGGCAGCUCCCGGACACGGGGCAGCUGGGGUACCAGAACGCGACGGCGUUCGCCGGCAACCCGGGGCUGUGCGGCGCAGUGCUGGGCCGGCCGUGCAGCUUCACCGCCGGCGGCGCGGCGCCGGCGUCCGUGGCGGGGGCGACGCGGCGCGCCGGGGCCGGCGAGCUGAAGCUGGUGCUGGCGCUGGGCCUGCUGGCGUGCUCGGUGGUGUUCGCCGCGGCGGCCGUGCUGCGCGCGCGCUCCUUCCGCGCCGCCGGCGGCGGCGGCGGCGGCGCGUGGCGGUUCACGGCGUUCCACAAGGUGGACUUUGGGAUCGCGGAGGUGAUCGAGUGCAUGAAGGAGGGCAACGUGGUGGGCCGCGGCGGCGCCGGCACGGUGUACCUUGGCCGCACCCGCUCCGGCGGCGCGAUCGCCGUGAAGCGCCUGCAGGCUCGAAGUGGCGGCGGCGGCGACGACCGCGGGUUCCGCGCGGAGGUCCGGACGCUGGGCAGCAUCCGGCACCGCAACAUCGUGCGGCUGCUGGCCUUCUGCUCGAACCGCGACGCCAACGUGCUGGUGUACGAGUACAUGGGCGGCGGCAGCCUGGGCGAGGCGCUCCACGGCCGGCAGCACCAGCACCAGCGGGGCGGCGGGGCGGCGCUGGGCUGGGCGCGGCGGCGGCGGAUCGCGCUGGAGGCGGCGCGCGGGCUGUGCUACCUCCACCACGACUGCGCGCCCAUGAUCGUGCACCGCGACGUCAAGUCCAACAACAUCCUCCUCGGCGGGGACGGCGGCGGCGGCGACGGCGACGGCGACGGCGAGGCCCGCGUGGCCGACUUCGGCCUCGCCAAGUUCCUCCGCCCCGGCGCCGCCACGUCCGAGUGCAUGUCCGCCGUCGCCGGCUCCUACGGCUACAUCGCGCCUGAGUACGCGUACACGCUGCGGGUGGACGAGAAGAGCGACGUGUACAGCUACGGGGUGGUCCUGCUGGAGCUCGUCACGGGGCGCCGCCCCGUGGGGGGCUUCGGGGAGGGCAUCGACAUCGUGCAGUGGGCCAGGCGCGCCACGGGGGGCCGCCGGGAGGCCGUGCCGGCGGUCGCCGACCGCCGCCUGCUCGGCGACGCGCCCGCCGACGAGGUCGCGCACCUCUUCUUCGUCGCCAUGCUCUGCGUCCAGGAGAACAGCGUCGAGCGCCCCACCAUGCGGGAGGUCGUCCAGAUGCUCUCCGAGCUCCCGCCGCAGGCGUCGCCGUCCACGACGUCCUCGGCGUCGUCGCUGAAGCCGCCGGCCCCCGCCGGGGAGGAAAGCAGCGGCGGUGGCAGCAGCAGCAGCAGCAGCCCAGGCGGGAAGGACGGCCCGGCGGUCACCUGCGGCUACAAGCUGUUCGUCCCGGACCUGCUGGCCUGAACAACAAAACGACGACUCAUCAAGUCAUGUAAUGCAGAUUGGAGCUAGCAAGCGUUCUACAGCUAGUUGGAGCUGGGGAUCAAUCAAUAACAUGUAACUUUAUUUAAAAUUUUUUGUAACUUUUUUCUCCUUUUUUUGGUUGGUCCAUCAAAGGUGUAUAGGGUUUGAUCAUAUGCUACCACCUAGCAGCAGCAGCUAGUAAGGGUUUGUGCUGUCCAAAGCAGUAGCAUUCUCCCUAGCAAUAGCUUCCAUCAUCAUAGCUCUGGUACUUUGUAAUCUCCUGGUAAUCUUUAGCCACCAUCCAUUGUCCUCUGCCACUAAUCCUUCCUAAUGAGCAGAGAGUAGUCCCGGUACUUGCACGUAGCUUUUUGUAUUGUUUGGGCCA